AUGCUUACCACACAAACUCGAACUUACCCGACUGUUUCUUCUGGCAUCCUCCGCCUCAAGUCCGACCCCUCUCACGUCGUCGGGCAGCUUCUGGUCACUCCUAUCCUUACCCAUGCCGACUCCUUCUUUGGAGCGGAGGUAUCGGGUGUGGACUGGAGCCAAACAAUCCCAGAGUCACUAGUCAAAGAACUCGUUGCCCUUCAAGACAAGUAUGGAGUGUUGGUCUUCCGUAAGACUGGCAUGGACAACACUCGUCACAUCGCCUUCUCCCACCAGCUUGGGAGCAAGCUCGAAGUAAACCCGUUCUACUAUGGCAAGGAGAAUGAUCGCGUGAGAGAAGACUAUCUUUGGGAUGUUGGAAACAUGGAACUUGAUGGGUCACCAGUGAGACCUGAGAGUAGACGAUGGCAUCAUUCCCUCGGUAACUGUCUAUGGCAUACCGCAAAACGCUCCAAGUACUCUCUCCUUCUUUCUCAUGGCAACCCCGUACAAGGCGGCUCUUGGACACAUUUUGCCGACACGCGACAAGCAUACGCCGACCUGCCCGAAGAGAAGAAGGCCAUGCUGGAAGACCUCAUCAUCGAACACGAGCAAACCGGUCCUGAUGGCCGUAAAGUCCUAUACCUCGCGGCGCACGCCAAGCAAGUGGUGGGGUGGGACCUUGAGAAGAGUCAGAAGCUGAUUUGGGAGCUUAUUGACUGGUGUACUCAGCCAAAGUAUGUGUUUAGUAUGGAAUGGCACGAUGGGGGUGAUAUGGUUUGGUGGGAUAAUCGUCAAUCCAUGCAUCGUGCAAACCCCUACACGGCCAAUAUGACUGCCCGCGAUGUCCGACGUGCAACGGUAAUCGAUGACGGACCUCUUGCGUUCGGCGUGACCGCUGAGGAAGUCAAAGAUGCUGAGAGUAAAGCUUGA